GCGGUUGGUUGUCGAGAAUUAUGAACGUGUCCAAGUCCAACUGGGUCAAUCCUUAUGGCACCGACGAUGCUCCGCCCAUGUCCCUGCGCUACUUGAAUGAGUUCGUGGGAAAGUUGCAGUGUGCGUCUCAUUUGCUGCAACUCCAGAUCUUUCCCGACGCCAAAGAAAUCUCCGAGAGCAUGGGUCUCUUCAACGCGGCGCGCCGUUUCCUCGACUUGGACGACGCCGACGACUCGGUGGAUGGGAUCGUCGUGGUGGGCGACGGGUCUACUCCCCGAACGGCGGCCAUGUUUGCCUACCGAACCAAGGGCUGGACAUGCUACAGCGUUGACCCGGAGAUGCGCCUGUCAACGGACGCCGAACGAGUUCCCUGGGACGGGAUUCAGAAGGUCGUGCCCAUUAGAGCCAAGAUCGAAGACAUCCAGAUCCACCUGCGCCGCGCCAUCGUCGUGCUGGUGCAUGCCCACGUCACUUUGGACCAAGCGCUGGCUUCCGUCCACGCAGACACGAUCGUCGGCGUCGUGACCGUUCCAUGCUGCAAUUGGUAUGGCAACCAAGAGCAACUCUUUCAACGACACCCAGAUAUCGUGUACGACGACUACAGCAUCCUCUCCGACCACCGCGAAGUGCGACUGUGGCGUCACAAUGCUGGCAUCGACAGCGUCGGGCUGAAUCAAUCGACUAAAGCUAUGACUGGCUGCGUGGUCAAAUCCUUUGUGAGUCCGCAGGACAGCAUCGACGCCAAGUCGGCCGCGUUGCAGCUCCUUCAUGACGACACGCUGGUCAAGAUGGUCCGCGGAAGUAUCGGCACUUCCGAGCUAUGGGGCCCGCUACUGUCAAUCUUAACACCGUUGCUCGUCCUCCGCGACAACCUUCGCAUUGGAGUCCUCGGCGAUGCCUCCAAAGAGUUUACAUCUCACUUUCACCAAGCUAACAAUGUCGGCGGUGGUACUACUCUGAUUGAGUCGUUUCAAUUGAAUGGCCAGUACGACUUGGUGCUGGAUCUGGGGAUGCUGCAUGAAUGCAUGUACCUGAUUGAGUCGCGCGUGUCGUCGGCGCUCGUGCUCAAGCUGUGUCAGUCGUUCCAAAGCACGCUUACUAAUCCGAACGGGGUGUUUGUGUGUGUGACCCCCCGUCGCAAACUCAAAGGCACGUCGUACUUUGCAAAGUACGUACCGAGAGGAAUGGGUCUGGUCUUAUGAUUUGAAUACGAGACUUAUAGCCCCCAGCUCAAGUGGAGGUUGGAGAGCCACUCCGUGGGCACUUCGUUUGUACUCGUGUGUCGACAACAAGCCCCGAAACCCACUGCGCCGUCCAGGGACCAAGUGCUGGCAGAUUUAAACGCAGUCGCGACCAACUUUCCCGACCAAGCUGCUCCACGAAUUGUGGGGGAGAUCACCGGCGUUCGCAUCAAAAGUCGAAAGCUGACGUUUCUGGACGUGAGUGUGAACGGAGUGGCCAUGCAAGUGGUGCUCAGUCGCGCGAAUAUGACGCAGGGACAUGUGGCCAACCCCGAUGACGUGGCGCGACACUUGCGGGUGGGAGACACCGUCUGCGCCCAAGGCGCGCUCGAGUCACCUGAGAAACUCGAUGCACAUGUGAUUAGUAUCGUCGCCAGUCGACCAGUGCCCGUGAAACCUCGAUAUGGCAUUCAAUAACACACACCCCUCAACUCUCCAGCGUCGAGUGCUGUACAGUUCUCCGGAGUAAGUACUACUACCUCUGUCCGGAAGUAGUUGCAGCAUUCAGAAUAAUUUAAUAAUGAG